GCGGCUGCAGGCAGCUCGGCCCGGCGGCCCCUCUGCUUCAAGUCUGGGCGCUCCCGGCUGUACUCUGCCGCUGCCUAUGGGGAUCCGAGAGUUUCCCGGCGGCACGCCCCGGGGCAAAGGCAUCGCCAUCAUGAGGAGGUCACCGGACGUCAGUCCCCGGCGACUGUCUGACAUCAGUCCCCAGCUCCGGCAGCUCAAGUACUUGGUGGUGGACGAGGCGAUCAAGGAGGACCUGAAAUGGUCGCGCUCCGUGGAGGACCUCACUGGCGGGCCCGCGGGGCUCACGUCCAUCGAGGAGCGGAUCCUGCGCAUCACCGGCUACUACGGCUACCAGCCCUGGGCGGCGAGCUACAAAAGGGAAGAGCGCCCCCGGGACGGGCCGGGCCCCGCGGAGGCCCCGGCGGGGGCGGAGGCUGGGCGAGCUAACCGGAGCGGCUGCAGGUGCUCGGGGCCGCAGCUCCGCAAGCUGAGCUGGGGCCUGGCGGUGGUGCUGUGCGUGUGCGCCUCCUGGGCAGGCUCCACGCAGCUCGCCAAGCUGACCUUCCAGACGUUCGAUGCGCCCUUCACCCUGACGUGGUUCGCCACCACCUGGAAUUGCUUAUUCUUCCCGUUGUACUACGCGGGCCACGUCUGCAAGGCAGCAGACAGGCAGUCGGUGAAGCAGCGGUACAGGGAAUGCUGUCGAUUUUUUGGAGACAAUGGCUUGACUUUGAAGGUGUUUUUUACCAAGGCAGCCCCUUUUGGUGUUCUUUGGACACUCACAAACUACCUGUACUUACAUGCAAUAAAGAAAAUAAACACUACGGACGUCUCCGUGCUCUUCUGCUGCAACAAAGCUUUUGUGUUCUUGCUCUCAUGGAUCGUUCUCAGGGACAGGUUCAUGGGAGUGAGGAUUGUGGCGGCCAUCCUUGCCAUCGCUGGGAUCGUGAUGAUGACCUACGCGGACGGCUUCCACAGCCACUCCGUCAUCGGCAUAGCCCUGGUCGUGGGCUCCGCAUCCAUGUCUGCUCUCUACAAGGUUCUAUUCAAGCUCCUCCUGGGCAGUGCAAAGUUUGGGGAAGCCGCCUUAUUUUUGUCCAUUCUCGGUGUGUUUAACGUCCUCUUCAUCACCUGUAUUCCUGUCAUCCUCUACUUUACCAAAGUGGAAUACUGGAGCUCUUUCAAUGACAUUCCAUGGGGAAACCUUUGUGGAUUUUCAGUCCUCUUAUUGACAUUCAAUAUUGUAUUAAAUUUUGGAAUUGCUGUUACAUACCCCACUCUGAUGUCUCUUGGAAUCGUCCUCAGUGUACCUGUGAAUGCAGUGGUGGAUCACUACACCAGUGAGAUCGUCUUCAACGGGGUCCGGGUCAUUGCCAUCAUCAUCAUCGGCCUGGGCUUCCUCCUCCUGCUCUUGCCCGAGGAGUGGGAUGUCUGGUUGGUCAAGCUGCUCACCCGCCUCAAGGUGAGGAAGAAGGAGGAGACAGCGGAGGGCGGCGGGGACCUGGGCUCCGGACCUCGGAACAAGAGCCGAAGAGCCCGCCCUUCCUUUGCCCGCUGACAACGUCAGUCUCUAGAACAUGUGGGGACACUUGCGUUAAUGACUUGGAGGUCUAUUCCUGACAGGGAGCCUCAGUCGGCACGGUGUACAUACCUGUACAGUUUUGGUAACCUGCGGUAAGUUAUACGGACUUAUUGGCAUGUCCAAUUUGCUUGCUCUUUUUCACAUCAGACCUUCCACUUAAGGUACCACUUCUACAUGAAAGAGAAAAGGAAAACCUCUCAGCUCUUUUUUCAAUGAAUGUAAAGAAAGUUAAAAUUCUCCUUGCCUAGGUUGCUUUGGGUGACAGGCGUUCUUGACGAGGCAGGGCGAAUGUUUUGAAUCUUAGCAAAUUACAUCGCACACUGUGAUUACUUUUCAGCUAUGGUAGGUCAUAUUUUGUUUUAUACCAGAGCUGUACUCUUAAUUUUAAGGGAUUUCAAUGAACCAAAAGAUAACUGUAAGUUAAUUUGGAUGGAUAGACAGAUGGGAUGUGAAGAAGUAAAGCAGAAAAGGCAAAUGGGCAGCAAAACUAUCGCUAGGACUAGACUGGGGGCGACAGUUGGAGAAUGACAGGCUUGACCCAGAUGAUGGGAGGGAGAAAGGGUCCUGUCUGACCCCAGCCAGCUUGCUCUCAGGUGACUGUGUGAGAUCGCGCCAGAGAAAUCACAGUGCCUUCUACAGAAUUUUCGUCUUUACUUAUGUGAAGCGAGGUGACAUUAUAAGUCACUGGCGCCGUCUUAUAACUUAGAUGUAGAAAUCUUUAAAAACAAAUAAAACUAUAUGUGUGUGUGUACAAAAAUGACAGCGCGGGUGACCAGGUAAGGGAACAUGGCUCGCGGUGUGUGACGUGCAUACGAGGCAGACUAUGCAGAAGGUCAACUGCUGUUUGCUUUUACUUCAUGACCAAGACCGGAAAAUUAUUUACUGAAUCUGUACAUCUUUUUAUGAAACUUCUAAGCACCAGGCUGUUUACUUACACAAUUUAUGUCUGCCAGAAAAUUCUAUCUGUGAUAGAUCUGUAAAGAGGGACACGGGGGUUAGAGUUUACUAUUUUUGAAGUUUACAUUGUUACAUACGAAAUGGAAACCUUAUUUUGAAAUGUUGUCAUAACCCAAUGGUGCACUCUGUAACCUUGGAGUCUUUCGUUUCAUAGGGGUGAGGGGCAUUCAUGACCUGAACUUUUUAGCAAAUUAUUACUCUCAGUUUCCAUUACCUGUUUGGCCAAACAGAUAAAUAAACUAUUUAAAAAAGAAGCA